UUUACAGGAGAAAAGUUUCAUCUCCAAAUCAACAAUCGGCCGCCUUGUUUCAGAUCAGAACUACCAUUUAUGGGGGCCAAGAGAGAAAAGACUUCACCUUGUGCCGAUCUUAGGGCUGCGUAUCAAAAUUGCUUCAACAGAUGGUAUUCAGAAAAGUUCGUGAAAGGUGAUUGGAGCAAAGAAGAGUGCGUUUCAGAGUGGCAAAAAUACAGAGAUUGUUUAUCUCAACAUCUGGAUGAUAAACACUUGAGCCGGUUCUUAGAAGCAGAAGGCUUGACUGCCCGGCCAGAUUCCUUUCAGCGGUAGUGGUAGUGGUAGUGAAUUCUUCAAUUAGUAUGUAAGUUAGUUCUAUAACAUGAUUUGCCUGGUAUACUUCAUGGGUUUUGACUAAUUGUAUCAUCUAACUACUUGAAGAUAUAGAAAUGAAAAGAUAUAUAUGAUUGUAUGACAAUGUUGAUGUUUCAAGAGUGUUGAAUAUAUGUGGUUGAUUAACCUUUUCAGAUGUU